AUGUCCUACCAGGUCAAGGAGAUCUCCACUAAGCCCUUCGAGGGCCAAAAGCCCGGCACGUCUGGUCUCCGCAAGAGGGUCAAGGUCUUCCAGCAGGAGCACUACACCGAGAACUUCAUUCAGGCCAUCUUCGACGCCGUCGAUUGCAAGGGAAAGACCCUCGUCAUCGGAGGCGAUGGUCGUUACUUCUCCCCCGAGACCGUCCAGACUAUCCUCAAGAUUGGUUCCGCCAACGGUGUGUCCAAGUUCAUCAUCGGUCAGAACUCGAUCCUCUCCACCCCCGCCGCGUCCAACGUCAUCCGCAAGUACAAGGCCUACGGCGGUAUCCUCCUCACCGCGUCCCACAACCCUGGUGGCCCCAACGCCGAUUUCGGUAUCAAAUACAACGUCUCAAACGGCGGCCCCGCUCCCGAGGGCGUCACGGAUUUGAUCUUCGCAAAGACCAAGACCAUCUCCACCUACAAGGUCAUCGAGCUUGACCCCAUCGACCUCUCCAAGAAGGGCUUCUUCACCUACGGGCCCACGAACGUGGAGAUCAUCGAUUCCGUCGCGGACUACGUCGAGCUCCUCCAGUCCAUCUUCGACUUCCCCCUUAUCCAGAACUUCCUCCAAUCCCACUCCAAUGACUUCAAGGUUCUCUUUGACGGCAUGCACGGAGUCACCGGCCCGUACGGCCGUGCCAUCCUCGUCGAAGCGCUCGGUCUUCCUGCCUCGUCCGUGAUGAACGCAACCCCGCUCCCCGACUUCGGCGGCGGCCACCCCGACCCGAACCUGACGUACGCGCACGAGCUCGUCGAGCGCGUCGAGAAGGAGGGCAUCCAGUUCGGCGCGGCCAGCGACGGUGACGGUGACCGGAACAUGAUCUACGGCAAGGGCGCGUUCGUGACACCGUCGGACUCUGUCGCAAUCAUCGCCGACUGGGCAGAGGCGAUCCCCUACUUCAAGAAGGGCGGUAUCAAAGGUCUCGCGCGCAGUAUGCCCACGUCUGCGCAGAUCGAGUAUGUCGCGAAGAAGAAGGGCCUCGAGUACUUCUGUGUCCCGACUGGCUGGAAGUUCUUUGGUAAUCUCAUGGACGCUGGCCGCCUCUCCAUUUGUGGUGAGGAGUCCUUCGGUACUGGCUCGGAUCAUAUCCGGGAGAAGGAUGGUGUUUGGGCCGUCGUUGCUUGGUUAAACAUCAUCGCGUACGCCAACCAACAGACGCCCAAUGAGCUCGUCGGCAUCAAGGAGCUCCUGCAGAAGCACUAUGCCGUCUACGGCCGCUCCUUCUUCUCGCGGUACGACUACGAGGAGGUCUCGUCCGAGGGCGCGAAGAAGCUUGUCGACGCGCUCAAUGCGCACAUCUCCGCCGGCUCGCUCGCCAGCACGUCGCACAAGUCCAAGAGCACCGGCCAGGAGUUCUCGGUUUCGCGUGUGACCAACUUCGACUACACGGACCCCAUCGACGGCUCAGUGUCUAUGAAUCAGGGCCAGAUCGUCUCCUUCGCGGAUGGGUCCCGCGUCGUCUUCCGUCUCUCAGGCACUGGCUCCCAGGGCGCGACGGUGCGCAUGUAUGUCGAGCGCUAUGUCCCUGCAGACGCGGGUGCGGAGGAGCUCGCGAAAGACACCCAGGAGGGUCUCAAGGGCCUCAUCGAGGUCGCACUCGAGAUUAGCAAGCUCCCCGAGUUCCUGGAACGCGAGAAGCCGACCGUCAUCACGUAG